AUGGCAAUAGAGACAUCGAUGAUCAGUGUUGGAGCUGCGCUUCUGCUGUUACUGCUGUUGGUAGUGCUGUUUUUAAGCCAGAGAGGUCCUUUUAUGCAGAAAAAAUACAAAACAACUAAGUCAGUAGGAGCUGAAUCUGGACUGUGGCAGCAUCUCUAUCAGUUUCUUAAUCGUGCCUCAUCUCCCUCCCUCCCUGGCCCCACCGGUCACUUUCUGCUUGGCAACAUGUUGGAGAUGACACAUGACCACCUACCAAUUCACCUGACCAAUCUGGCACAGCGUUAUGGAGACAUUUACCGCCUGAAAUGUGGAAACACAACCAUGGUGGUGCUAAGUAGCAGUGAAGUCAUUAAAGAAGCACUGGUGAAGAAAUGGUCCGACUUUGCAGGGAGGCCAAUUUCAUACACUGGUGACAUUGUCUCCGGGGGAGGGCGUAACAUCUCUCUGGGGGACUAUACGGAGGAGUGGAGGGCACAUCGCCGCCUCGUGCACUCUGCCCUGCAGCGCUGCUGCCAGCAGUCUCUGCACGGUGUGAUUGAACGACAGGCCAUUCAGCUGAAAAAGGCUCUGAGUGACUAUCAGGGCCGCGCUGUGGAUCUCGCAGAAGAUUUCACAGUGGCAGCCAGUAAUGUCAUCACCACUUUGGCUUUUGGCAGAGAAUAUGACAAGAGUUCAUCAGAGCUGCAGCAGCUGCACAGCUGUCUGAAUGAGAUUAAAUUACCCAAUCCUGUGUUUGCCCGUCUGCUCAAAGAGGUGACCAGGAGGGAUGAAAUCAUCAGACAACACCUCAGCAAUUAUAAGUCACAAGACAAAAAAAAUGAGGACGCCAUUACAGGAGCUCUUCUCCAAGGCAUAGAGAAACAGCACAACACAGAACACAAAGAGCUCCUGACAGAUGUUCAUAUUCACAUGGCGACCGUGGACCUUCUCAUUGGGGGAACAGAGACCACUGCGGCCUGGCUGAACUGGACAAUAGCCUUCCUGUUACACAGACCUGAUGUGCAAACAAGGGUAUAUGAAGAGAUGGUCACAGUUUUGGAGGAACGCUAUCCAAAGUACAGCGACAGGCACAGACUUCCUGUGCUGUGCUCUCUGAUAAGUGAGGUGCUCAGACUGAGGCCCGUGGCUCCGCUGGCGGUGCCACACAGAGCCAUCAGGGACAGCAGUAUUGCAGGUUACUUCAUACCUAAGAAUACAGUCAUCAUUCCCAACCUUUUUGGAGCUCAUCACGACCCCGCUGUGUGGUCUGAGCCGUACAGCUUCAAACCAGAGCGCUUCCUGGAAGGAGGAGGAGGCUCCACUCGUGCGCUGGUGCCUUUUGGAGGAGGCGCACGGCUCUGCCUGGGGGAGUCUGUCGCCAAAAUGGAGCUCUUUCUGUUCACUGCUUACCUACUGCGAGAUUUUCAGUUCCUCCUUCCUGACGACGAGGCCUCCCUGCCUGAUCUGAGAGGUGUUGCUAGUGUUGUGCUCAAAGUCAAGUCCUACAAAGUUACAGCGCGUGCCAGACCUACGGCUACAGUUUGAGAUGGAGUAGGUUUGGUGCUUACAUGUUACUCACGUUACAUAUUAGU